AGUAGUAGAAGAAAGAGUACACUACAACAUAGUGUCAGUCAAGUUAACUCAUCAUCCUCAGAUAGUGCGCAUUGCAGAACCAACACACAAACUCUAGCUCUCCAAGAAAACCACAAAAAUGAAAUGGCUUUGCUACGUCAUCUUCAUCACCUUGAUAUCAUGCGCAUCCUCUCCCUUAACAUGCGCCUCACCGGCCAUUUUCAGUCGCCGUCACCUCUCACAAGCUCCUGUAACCGAUCCUUCCACACCAACUCCCGGCGGCUUGCCUUUCUUCCCAGCUGACGGCUUAUCCUCCCCUCUCCCUCCUCCUCCUCCUCUUCCGAUGCCUCCUCCGUCGCCUCCACAGCCCUCCGCCCCAACGUACGCCACUUUUCCGGCGAACAUCUCCGCCCUCGUCCUCCCUCGCUCCUCAAAACCUCACACCGCUUCAAGAACUCUCCUUAUCACACUUAUUUCCGCUGUCCUCGCCGUCGCAACAGCCAUCGGAGUAGCCUUGUUUCUCUACGGAAGGUGGAGAGGGCAGAACCGUAAUUUCAAAGACGAUUCGAAGAGCGUAGCUUCAGACAGUAAACAAGCAGCUCCAUGUCCCCUUCCAAGAAACAACACCGAACACAAACUCACAGUCUCUGCUUCAGCAACCUCCGAUGUUCUCUACCUCGGAAACGUCGCCAAUUUCGUCAAACCGGAGUCUCCUGAGAUCUGUCCUCUCCCGCCAUUAUCCUCUCGCAGCUUCAAGCAACGAAGCUCCGAAGAAGAAGAAGAAGACGACUUCUACUCGCCUCUCGCGUCUCAAGCUGGUAAAGAAUCACGAGAGCUGAGAAACUACUCUUCCUCGGAUUCUCCUGCCACGUCACCACCGUCCGUUGACAUAUCUCCGGUGAGGAGGAACAAAAGAAACCACGUGGCGUCGUCUCUGAGAAUGUUCACCCUCUGGAACCAGAACCACGCCUUCCCACGCAUCUCCUCUGCUUCCACUUCACCUGAGAGAGGAGCAGGAGGAGGAGGGACGAUUCGAACCCCGGACGCCUACGCUCGCUCCUCCAUGUACUCUUCGGUCUCCACCACUCCUGAUCGUUUCUUCCGUAAGGUUCUCGAAGCCUCCUCCCCGCCGAGGUGGAACGACUUCAGCCGAAACGUCAAGUCUUUGUUCCUCUCUUCCGCUUCUUCUCCCGCUAGAGAUUUUUGCAUCGACAACGUCUCUGAAUCUUCUUCAAGAAAGUUGAAGUCUUCGCCGGCUGCUACUCCUCCUCCUCCUCCUCCUCCAGAACGGCCACCGCCUGCAAUGCCCGCACCGCCUCCUCUUGUACCGCCGUCGCAGUCUUUUAUGGUUCACAAGUCUGGAAAGAAGCUGUCUUGGGAUGGAUCAACGAAGAUGAAGCCUCUGCCCUGGGACAGAGUCCACCGACCGAGUUCUUGUCGGAAAAACACAUGGGAGAGUCUCAAGUUCAACUCUUUCAAUGCUAAUCCGAAGCAGAGAAGUCUUAGCUGUGAUCUUCCAAUGUUUAAUCAAGAAAGUAGAGUUUUGGAUCCUAGAAAGUCUCAGAGUAUUGCUUUUCUACUAUCAACACUUGAUCUCACCACAGAUGAUGUUCUUCAAGCCCUUCGAGAUGGUCACUAUGAAGCGCUUGGAGUUGAGCUUCUUGAGAGUUUAUCAAGAGUGGCGCCGAGUGAAGAGGAAGAGAGGAAGUUGAGGAGCUAUAGCGAUGACAAGCUUGCCCCUUCAGAGAAGUUUCUCAAGGAAUUGCUUAAUGUGCCUUUCGUGUUCAAAAGGGUUGAUGCAUUGCUCUUUGUUGCCACUUUUGAUUCCAAGGUUGAACAUUUAAAACAAUCAUUUGGCGUUAUACAGUCUGCUUGUGAGGAGCUAAGGAAUAGCAGAAUGCUGUUGAAGCUUAUUGAAGUUGUUUUAGAGACAGGAAAGAAGAGCGUGAAUGCUCAUAACUUCAAACUUGAGGCGUUGUUAGAUGGUUCCACCACUCUCUUGCAUUCUGUUGUAGAGAACAUCAUAGAUUCAGAAGGUAUCAAAGUGUUGCAAGUUGUCAGAGAUCUCGGUUUAGCUCUUGUAGAUGUCAAGAAAACUGCAGAACUGGACUAUGGUGUUCUGAGAAGCGAGGUUUCAAAGCUUUAUCAAGGAGUCCAGAGAGUUAAGGAGGUUCUGCUACUGAGUGAUGAUGAAGAACAAGAAUGUGGGGAAUUCAAGGAGACGGUGACCAAGUUCUUGGAAACCGCUGUGAAGGAGGCUAAAAAGAUUGAAACAGAAGAUGGUUCCACGCUCUUAGCAGUGAAAGAGAUCACAGAGAUGUUCCAUGGAGAUUCAGCAAAGGAAGAAGCUAAGCUAUUGAGAGUGUUUGUGAUCGUUAGAGACUUUAUGUCCAUUCUAGAUAAAGUGUGCAAGGAAAUGGAGGUUGAGUAGAGAAAGAGAGUACUCUGGCUUAGGUUUCAAGUGUAAGGAAGAUCCUAGAAUCUGUCCAAAGACUGAUGAUGAUGCAUUGUGUUGCCUCCUUAAUUAGUUAUGUGUACUUAUGUUUGUAUGAAUCAUUGGAACUAUGACUUCUUAAAUGAAGUUUUUACUUGAUUU